AUGGAGACCAAGUACCCAUUGCCGACGAAACCCGCUGAUCCUACACCCCCCGCCGACACGCCGACACAGCCAGCCACCCAAUUGAUGAGCCAGCCUGCGUGGACGCCAAUGACGCCGUCAAAGAAGACCUGUCUCGCUGGACAACUCGAGGCACCGCCAUUUUGCUGGGUGGCAGCGCGACCAGCGUCAACGAGCUACUGUACAAGCUUCGCCAAACAGUUUGCGACGGUACAUGCAAGGCUCCGGACGGUGUCGACACAAUGCUGGGAUAGCAUUGAGAACAUCAUCGACAAGUGCGUUGACAAUCAGGCCAAGUCGGGCUGGUGGAAUGGCAACCACGUGUACCAGUUCUACAAAGCCGGCGUUCGGCAGCUCAAUGACCCUGACGCGCACCACACGAAGAACAACAUCAACAUCGAUUCGUACCUGAUGCCGCCCACAGACGGGUUGUCUUGCGGGAAAGACUGCCAUGGAUUCAUCCCAAACCCGCAAUGGUGCCAGGACAACUGUGGCGCCAGGCGCUUUGCUCGGGGUCGUCGCUGGGCUUCGAGCUCAAAUAAUCCUGGUUCGGCGCCGGUGCUGUUUGCGCGGCCUACAGAGACAGUGAACACUGUCGGAGGCUGCAACCUUAAAUAUGUCAUACCGGACUACCCUAGCUCUGGAACGGCGGAGAAUAAUGCGGCAGUCCAAAAGUUUUAUGACAGAGACGAUACAGAUAACGGGAACGGUAACAACUGCGAUAAUCCAGUGUUGACUGGACCCGUCGCUAAAGUCUAUGGCCACAGCUAUGACACUGAGCACGUAUACGAGAAACACAUCAUCAAGCGCUUCCUAUAUUUCCUCGUUGGCGGACAGCAAGCCUUCGACGACAGUGUUGACCCAAAUGGUGCCGACCCCGUUGCUACGUUCCCCGAUGUCGAGUCCGCCUUCAACCAGCCGAACCCCCAAGGAAGGGACUUUAAGGACGAAACGGCCGCGCAACAGCUGGGGCGGGCUGUGUCGUGCAGUGGGACGCAGUGUCCUAACGACAACCGAGCUUCGGAACUGUUCCUGCUUCGUAAGGAGGUCAACGGCAUCAAGAACCGGAUCUUCGCGGGCCACUAUACCGGUGUCGGGCGAGAUCCCAAUGAUAACAAGCUCCCCAGCUGCAAUGCUGCCCGCAAGACCUACGUGGAAAUGCAGCAGCAGAUGAUCAAUGCGGCCAUGGUCUUCCAGUACAUGAACAAGCAGGAAACAUUCGACGCAUUUAAUGCCGUCCACCUGCGGAUUCGCAAAAUUCUCACCAACCUCGACGCGGAAGCGCUCGGAGCCAACACGCCGCCUCAAGACUUGGCCCCUUACAUCAGAGAAGGGGUAGCACCUACGUGA